AUGGAAACGGGAAAUGACCUUACAACCAGGUCCUGGACCAGCGCAACCAUUUGGAGUGCCAGGAAUGAUGCCAGGACCACCACCAGUGCCAGCACUAGCGCCCCCACCAGCAUUGCAACCAGGGCCAGGGCCAGGGCCAACCCCAGCCGGGGCACCAGCUCUAGCCUCACCAACAGCUCCACGUAUGCCAUCAGGCCCAGCUGCAGCCUCUUUGGCAGCUCCGGCACCAGCAACGGUUCCACGCAUGCCAUCAGGCCCAGCUGCAACCUCUUUGGCACCCUCAGCACCAGCACCAGUUCCACGCAUGCCAUCGGGCCCAGCUGCAGCCUCUUUGGCACCCCCGGUACCAGGAGUCCCAGGCCCAGCAGCCCCAGGCACAGCAGCCCCAGGCCCUGCAGGCCCAGGCCCCGCAGCCCCAGGUCCAGCAGCCCCAGGCGCAACAGCCCCAGGCGCAGCAGCCCCAGGCGCAGCAGCCCCAGGCACAGCAGCCCCAGGUGCAACAGCCCCAGGUCCAACAACUCCAGGCCCAGCAGGCCCAGGUCCAGCAGCCCCGGGCCCAGGAGCCCCGGGCCCAGGAGCCCCAGGACCAGCAGCACCAGGCCCACCAGCCCCAGCAGCAACAGUUCCAGCAGCCCCAGGCCCACCAGCACCAGGCUCACCAGCACCAGGCCCACCAGCACGAAGCCCAUCAGGAAUGGCACCAGCAACAGCACCACCACCAGCAACAUCUCCGUUGCCAUCUGGAGCUCCAGCAGCCCCACCACCAUCAGCCUCCACAGCACCUCCUCCCUCUAUGCCAUCACCAUCCGUACCAACACCAGGUGGUCCUCCUAAUGUGCCAGCAGCUUCACCUCCAGGGCCAGCACCCCCUGCACCCAAACCGUAACACCCCAGUGUGGCAACCCCACAUAUCUACUUAUGUAAUAAUAAAAGAGUUUAGUUUUCUUCCUCUUCACUUACUGAUGUGGUCUGGAUGUCUGGAUCUGUGGCUCUACGAACCAGAGAACCCAGUAGUCCUCACCCAAGAUGAUCCUGCCCAUCACCCCUCUCAGUUAUCUUUGUCCGUUUCACUGCAUUGUCUUGUGUGGCUCUGCAGGAAUUCAACAGAUGCAGCUUUCUCGCCAUUGUGCAGAAUGCUGGGCUUGCUAUGGCUUUGAGAGGUAUGAGUGAGGAUUUGGAA